AAAUUGAACGGCUUCUGAGAGAUCGAAAGAUUUAUGUAGAGUUCAAGUAUGCCUGGCACUCGCUCCUAUCGGAACCGCUUCACUUUCAAAAGCUAGCAUCAAUGGUAGACGACUGUUUAAAACAUGGAGCAAACCCAAGAAACAGAGGAGGUUCUGGGGUAACUGCCCUAAUGCUGGCGUGUACGAAACUAAAUAGUUAUCUUUUUGUGGCGGAACAGGUGGUAUCGUUACUCUUGGAGCACGGAGCUGAAGUGAAUCAACAAGAUUUUUAUGGGCGUACUGCACUUCACUAUGCAUUUGAAAAUGGCCUUUUUUCUCAAAAACGGCAAGUUGUUGAAAUCCUUAUUCAGCACAACGCAAACAUUUAUCUAAAAGAUUCGUCUGGGCUUUCCGCCUUUGACCUGGCUGAGCGUGCGGGUCACGAAUCUUGGUUAAGAACCGACGAAGCAUGA